AUGCGCACCAGAUCAGUGGAAGCAAACUCAGAGUUAGCUUAUAAAAUCUUCAACUCAAUCCCAAGCCCAGAAAGGCAAAAGAAAGGAAUUUUAUGGAAUCAACUGAUUAGGUCCUAUGCUUGGGAAGGACCCUUUGAGAAUGCCAUUGAUUUGUACUAUGCGAUGAUUCAUGAUGAUGUAAAAAGAGAUUGGCUUGCCUCAGAUGUUUAUAUUUCUACUGCUUUGGUUGAUUUUUAUGUUAAAUGUGGGUGUUUGCUUGAGGCGAGGCAGGUGUUUAAUGAAAUGCCUGAGAGAGAUGUUGCAUGGAAUGCAAUGAUUUCAGGGUUCUUGAUUCAUGGAAUGCAUGGGGAUCUGAUUCAUUUUGCUUUGGAAAUGCAAGAAAUGGGAGUAAGUCCUAAUUCUUCAACUCUUGUGACCAUUUUGCUGGUGAUCGGGGAGGUGAAUGAGGUGAUUGCUGGAAAGGCUGUUCAGAGGUUGUCUGUGAGGAGGGGAAUUGAUAGUGAUGUCAUGAUGGGAACAGGGCGUUUGGAUAUGAAUGGAAAAUGUGGGUGGUUAGUUUAUGCAAGGAGGAUAUUUCAUGCAAUGACUUUCAGAAAUGAGGUGACUUGGAGUGCGAUGAUUGGAGAUUGUAUUGCUUGUGAUUGCACUCAAGAAAGCUUGGAAUUGUUUGAGCAAAUGAGGGUGGAGGAUGUUGGAAGCCUUCCACCUGUUACACUUGCAACUGUUUUCCAAGAUGAUGCGACAAAGUUCUUUGAGGAAAUGAGUUUCAAGGACUCUGUUUCUUACAGUGCUCUUAUCUCUGGAUGUAUUCAAAAUGGAAGUGCAGAGGAAAAAGCACUAUAUGGUUGGUUAGGAGAUUUUCAUUAG